GGCCGCUGGGACAUGUAGUCUGCCCGGGCGGGCCGGUUCAUUGGCGGCGCGUUCCCCGGUGCCGCCCGGGAACUACAGCCGGCGGCAGCGGCGGAGUGCGCGCCGGGAUGGCGGCCCCCUUGGUGCUGGUGGUGCUGGCGGCAGUGACGGUGCGCGCCGCGCUCUACCGCUCCAGCGUCGCCGCCUUCAUCGCCGAGCGGGUCGAGGUGGCGUCCCCGCUAAAUGCCUGGAAGCGAGUGGUCGAAGGAUUGGCUCUGCUGGAUUUAGGAGUCUCACCGUACUCUGGAGCUAUUUUUCAUGAGACUCCACUGAUAAUCUAUCUCUUUCACUUCCUGAUUGAAUAUGCUGAACUGGUGUUCAUGAUAACUGAUGUGCUAACUGCUGUUGCCCUUUACUUGGCAAUCCAGGACUUCAACAAAGUUGUGUUCAAAAAGCAGAAGCUCCUAAUAGAACUGGAUAAAUAUGCACCAGAUGUGGCUGAACUCAUCCAGACACCCAUGGAGAUGCACUACAUCCCCCUCAAGGUAGCACUAUUCUACCUGUUAAACCCUUACACUGUGAUGUCUUGUGUGGCAAAGUCCACCUGUGCCAUCAACAACUCUGUCAUUGCAUUCUUCAUUUUAGCUACAAUAAAAGGUAGUGCCUUCCUCAGUGCUGUGUUCCUGGCCUUAGCAACAUACCAGUCACUCUACCCUCUCACCCUCUUUGCUCCAGCACUGCUUUACCUUCUGCAGCGUCAGUUCAUACCAAUCAAACUGAAAAGCAAAAGUUUCUGGCUCUACACCAUGCAGUAUGCAUCCCUGUACCUGUGCAGCCUGGUGGUGAUCAUCUGCCUCUCCUUCUUCCUCCUCAACUCCUGGGAUUUUAUCCCAUCUGUUUAUGGGUUUAUCCUUUCUGUUCCAGACCUGACACCCAAUAUUGGCCUUUUCUGGUACUUCUUUGCAGAGAUGUUUGAACACUUUAGUCUUUUCUUCAUCUGCGUGUUUCAAAUCAAUGUGUUCUUCUACACCAUUCCCUUGGCAAUAAAGUUAAAGGAGCACCCUGUGUUCUUCAUGUUUGUACAGCUUGCCAUCAUUUCUAUCUUCAAAUCCUAUCCCACCGUGGGAGACGUUGCACUGUACAUGGCCUUCCUUCCAGUCUGGAGCCACCUUUACAGAUUCCUCCGGAACAUCUUCAUCCUGUCAUGUGUGCUCAUUUUCUGCUCCUUCCUGUUCCCCGUUCUGUGGCAUCUAUGGAUUUAUGCUGGAAGUGCCAACUCCAAUUUUUAUUAUGCCAUCACGUUGACUUUCAACAUAGGGCAGAUCCUGCUCAUCUCGGAUUAUUUCUAUGCCUUCCUCCGGCGRGAAUACUACCUCACUCAUGGACUCCACUUGACAAGGCAGGACGGGACAGAGGCCAUGCUGGUUUUGAAAUAAGGAUUGUGCCACCAUUUCCUGGGACAUGGACCACUCUGAGGAAUGUGCAAAGCUUGGGAUACAUGGGAUGGGUGGGGAAGGUUCCCUGAAUGAAAUCUGACUUUGGGAAUGGUACCUACUGAAAGAAAGGGCUGAGGUUCUGGGAGUACCCCCCUGAGCUGUGGGCUCAGCACAGACUGUCCGAGUUGCAGUGCCUCCCCCCUCAGCUGUGCUUUUCACUUGGACCUCAGCCAUCAGCUCUGGGCAGUCCAGGAAUGAGAGUGUUUGAGCUAAACCCAGGGCUGAAGCUCAGACCAUGAACUGUUUUCCACCACUGCUUCUCGGAGAUGUUUGCUUCUCCUGGAAUCUCCCCYUUCACUGCUUUGACUAGUAACUCCUGCUUGGCACAAGGCAAUCUCUGGGUAGCUGGUGCCCCAGCCCUGGCUGCAGAUUCCAUUUCUUGGUGUUUCUGCUGUUGUGGAAGACCCCAUGAGCUCAAUCACAGUGGGAGCUGUGACAGAGUUGGGUGACCAAGGAUGACUUGGAGGGUAGUGGGAGCUGUUGAUACACGUAGUAACCUCAGCACUCAAACACGAGUAAGAAGCAGAACUGGAGUGGGAGCAGGAGCAGGGUGGGUGCCAGGUAACCACUCUAUCCCAUCGGAGCAACAGCACCUUCCAUGACAGGAGCUGCACAGAGGCACUGCAGGUCUCAGAAGGAACACUUCUGAGGAAAUGGUCUCCCACUGCUCCCAGUUUCUGUUGGGUGACAAAGCCUGGCAGUGCUGGGCUCACGCUUUGCUGCUGUGAUGGCCUGGGGCAGCAGCCAGGUCUAGGAGGUGUCACAAUCUCCUUCUAAGGCCAAAUGCAGGAGGAGCCUCAGCCAUGGCUGUUCUGGGGCAGUUCCACGGCUGCUUGUCCCCGCUGGAUGUGCACUUGGCUGUGUCACAGGCGUUCCAGUCUGUGCUGGGCUCCUGGCUGUGAAMGGGGACUCCCCAAAUCAGCUCCUCUGGUCUCCCCUGCUCAUCUUGGAGCUGCUGCUGCCCCCUGAAUGUGACACUCUGGGGUGAAGCCACCAGCUCUGCUGGCUGCGUGGUGGCGCUGAGAUGCGGUGACCACAAUGUGACAGCCACCUUCAGUGUCACCAGUGCUCCCAAGGGACAUCCGAACGGGUUGGGAAUGUGAUACAGAAACCAAACAGCACGUGGUACCGAGMAGCUGAGAGAUGGAUGUGCCCAGGCCGGUGUGCGAACAGAUCUUUCUUUCCGGACAACUCAAACUUUUGCCUUACUGCACUGCUGUCAGCGCUUUGGGGGUGGAGCCGCACCCAGCCCAGCCCCGGCCCGGGGCCGACCCGACAGGGAACGGCGAGGAACAAAAUAAACUGCGAGUUUUAAACA